AUGUCGCCGUUUCCGGAUGAGAUUAUAGCAAACAUUCUUUCUCGAUUGCCUGUUAAGUGUCUGCUCCGUUCAAGGUGUGUAUCUAAACCCUGGCUUGCCUUAAUCAGUACUUCCUAUUUCGUUAAAUUGCAUCUGAACCGAUCAGUCCAAACCAAGAGCAACCUCGACCUCCUCCUGUGGGACGGCGAUACCUAUAGGGUGGACUUUGAUUCCUUAGACAACGACGUUAUUCAACCUAUAGAUGUUGAUAACCAUCCGUUGAGGUGUUAUAAGAAUUACGAGACCCUUUGGGGCUCCUGUGAUGGCUUGCUCUGCAUGUCGAAUCCCAAUGGAGAUGUCAUUUUAUGGAAUCCUUCAACCAGGAAGUCUAUAAAAUUGCCUUACACACCAACUGAAAUUGCCAGUGAGAAGAAAGUCUUUGGAAAUACUCGACGAGAGCGAGUUUAUCAACUUGGUUACGAUAACAUAAAUGGCGAUUACAAGGUGGUGAGACUUGUGGUACUUUAUGGGAGCGAUUUUCAAGAUUUUGAGGUUAAGGUUUAUAGUUUAAAAUCAAAUUCCUGGCAUAAGUCAGAGAAUUGUCUUCACUGUCCGGACUUUAACAGAACUGGAAAUUCAAUAGCCGGGGGAGCUGUGCACUGGAUCUCAGAUGUGAUGUUGGAUUCAAAAAAAGAAAGCUCAAUUGUUGCCUUUGAUAUUAGGACUGAGAAAUAUAGAGUAAUUCCACCACCAGAGUUUUGUGGUAUUGAUUCUGGUUUAUAUUUGGAUAAUUUAGAAGGAUGUCUUUCGUUAAGUUAUCAAUACCAAUCAACGAGUGUAGAUGUAUUUUUGUUGAAGGAAUAUGGCGGGAAAAGUGAAUAUUGGUCAAAAUUUGUUACAAUAUCACCAACAAUUCAAUUUCCUUCCGUUUACGCUGUGAAACCUAUUGCCUAUUCAAAAAGUGGUAAGAAAGUACUCUUAGACCUUAAUUUUAAGAUACUUGUUUGGUAUAAUUUAGAGCAGGAUUCAUUUGAGGAAAUUUGGGUUGAUGGUAUGAAUAAAUUCCUUGAUGUUCUCACUUGCGUGGAAAGUCUCGUCUCCGUCGAUGUUGCAGCAGCUGUAACCAAUUCCAAUGCUAAGAAGAAUCUUCAUAAAAAAGAGGAAAAUAACAUGAACAAUUUUUUAUCAAAGGGGUUCAAGUUGAAAAGACGGGGAGGUGGUGGAGUGAUGCAGAGAAUUGAUGAAGAGUUUCAGAUCAUAAUGGUAGAAGCUAAAGUUUUGCAGGAACAAUUACUUAUAAAAGAGGUUCAAGUUGGUGCUAUAAUUCCCAUAAGACAGCAUGAAGCAAGAUAUGAAGAGGGGUUGAGUCUGAAUUCAAGAUUUGUGUUUUUUCUGUCACAGAAAAGGGGUGGAGGUGGUGGACUGCUGCAGAAAGUUGAUGAAGAGACAGAUCAAAUGUUAGAGGCUUUUGGAUUCAUGGUGUAUUGCUAUUGCAUAAUGAAAAUAAUGGAAUUUUGA